UCUUAAACCCACCCCACCCCACCCCUUAUCCCUCUCUGUCUUGCUGCGAUUCAUGGCUGUGGGCACACAAACACAAAUGAUUUAGUGAGAAUCAGAGCAAGCCACAAUGGCCAUCACCAACACAAACCCCUCUUUCCUUUUCUUCUCAGACCUCCUUCCUCCCCCUUCUCCUUUCUUCACCUCAACAAACACUUUCCUCUAUCCAUUUUACAACAAGAAGAAGAACACAAGCAAGAUUUUCGGUAUUUACACCAAAGCAGCCCCAGCCCUGAACACAUUCUCCCUCGACGACCCAAUUUCCCUGCUCAACCACCGGAUAAGGCAAGACCAAGGCGGCAAGCGGAGACGAAGCAAUGUCGUCGACUCGGCCGAGGCAGACAAGUAUAUACAAUUGGUCAAGCUGCAGCAGCAGAGAGGACUCGACAAGCUGAGGAGUAACAGAGAACAAGCCGCUCCUGAUCAUGCUUUUAGUUAUAAGGUUGAUCCUUAUACCCUUUGUCCUGGGGAUUAUGUUGUCCAUAAGAAAGUUGGGAUUGGGCGUUUCGUGGGAAUUAAGUUUGAUGUGGCGGCUAGGGGUCAUUCUAAGCCUCCUGUUGAGUAUGUUUUUAUCGAGUAUGCGGAUGCUAUGGCGAAGCUUCCGGUUCAUCAGGCUUCUCGCUUCCUUUAUCGAUAUAAUCUUCCCAAUGAAAAUAAAAAACCCCGGGUUUUGAGUAAAUUAAAUGACACUAGUGCAUGGGAGAAGAGAAGGGUGAAGGGCAAAGUUGCCGUUCAAAAAAUGGUGGUUGACUUGAUGGAGCUUUAUCUGCACCGGCUCAAACAAAAAAGGCCCGCCUAUCCUAGGACCGCUGCCAUGUCUGAAUUUGCUUCACACUUUCCUUAUAAUCCAACUCCCGAUCAAGAAAAGGCUAUCAUUGAUGUUGAAAAGGAUUUGACAGAAAGAGAGACUCCAAUGGAUCGACUUAUUUGCGGAGAUGUGGGUUUUGGUAAAACAGAAGUUGCACUACGUGCCAUCAUUUGUGUGGUCUCAGCAGGAAAGCAAGCUAUGAUAUUAGCACCGACAAUUGUUUUAGCGAAACAGCAUUUUGAUGUUAUUUCAGCACGCUUCUCUAGAUAUCAUGGUGUCAAGGUUGGACUGCUAAGCAGGUUUCAGACGAAAUCAGUCAAAGAGGAGUAUCUACGGAUGAUUAAAGAUGGGGAUCUUGAUAUUAUUGUUGGGACUCACGCUCUUCUUGGGGAUCGUGUGGUGUAUAAUAACUUAGGCCUCCUUGUUGUUGAUGAAGAACAGAGGUUUGGUGUGAAACAAAAGGAGAAGAUUGCUUCAUUUAAAACUACUGUCGAUGUUCUUACGCUGUCUGCAACACCGAUUCCAAGAACCCUGUAUUUGGCACUGACUGGGUUUCGUGAUGCUAGUUUAAUUUCAACACCGCCCCCCGAAAGAGUUCCUAUUAAAACGCAUCUUGCAGCAUACAGUGCUGAGAAAGUACUAUCAGCAAUCAAGUAUGAGCUGGAUCGAGGUGGCCAGGUUUUCUAUGUUUUGCCUCGUAUUAAAGGGCUCGAAGAGGUUAUGGAGUUUCUUCAGCAUUCAUUACCAGAAGUUGAAGUAGCUGUUGCCCACGGAAAGCAAUACUCGAAACAACUUGAGGAAACCAUGGAAAGUUUUGCAGGAGGUGAUGUCAAGAUUCUUCUAUGCACAAAUAUAGUUGAAAGUGGACUAGACAUCCAGAAUGCGAAUACUAUCAUUAUCCAGGAUGUCCAGCAAUUUGGCCUUUCGCAGUUGUAUCAGUUGCGUGGAAGAGUAGGGCGGGCAGAUAAGGAAGCUCAUGCCUAUUUAUUUUACCCUGACAAGUCAUUGCUUUCAGAUCAAGCACGGGAGAGACUGACAGCUCUUGAAGAGUGUCGAGACCUUGGACAAGGUUUUCAUCUUGCUGAGAGAGAUAUGGCAAUCAGAGGAUUUGGUAAUAUCUUUGGCGAGCAACAAACAGGGGAUCUUGGAAACGUCGGCAUUGAUCUUUUCUUUGAAAUGCUUUUCGAGAGCCUAUCGAAUGUGGAAGAGCAUCGUUUGACUUCAGUUCCAUACCAAUCCGUUGAGCUUGAUAUGAAUGUAAAACCUCAUCUCACGUCUGAGUAUAUUAAUUAUCUAGAGAAUCCAGUGGAAGUUAUUAAUGAGGCUGAGAAAGCUGCUGAAAAAGACAUUUGGAGUUUAAUGCAAUUUACAGAGAAUCUACGAAGACAGUAUGGAAAAGAGCCUUACUCCAUGGAAAUUUUAUUAAAGAAACUUUAUGUGAGAAGAAUGGCAGCAGAUCUAGGAGUUUCCAGAAUAUAUGCUUCUGGAAAGAUGGUUGGGAUGAUAACAAACAUGAGUAAGAAGGUCUACAAAAUGAUAACGGAUUCAAUGACAUCUGACAUGCACCGCAAUUCUCUAGUAUUUGAGAAUGGUCAAAUAAAGGCAGAGCUCCUUCUGGAACUACCGAAAGAACAACUACUCAACUGGAUCUUUCAGUGUCUGGCUGAACUUCAUGCAUCAUUACCUGCUCUUAUUAAAUAUUAAUUUGAGGCGUAGAGACAACAAUAUCGUCAGGUUUUGGAUUUCAGUGUGGUGAGGGUAAACGAUGACCCCUUCCAGAAUUGUAGAGGUGCGGAAGGACCUCUGAUGGAUUUGAUGCAGGUGAUUAGCAAGGGAAAUUACUAAGGUACUGCAGCAUUCAGGGUUCUAAAUACAAAUUCAAUUCUGAAUAUGAGAAAAGUUUUUGGCAGGGCAGGAUGUGUUGCACAAACAAAUUCAUAAAACUUGGUUUAACAGGCAACCCUCUGCUUGGUCAUGCAUCAGCUAAAUACAUUCGGAGAGACUAUGAAAAAAGGCAGUUUAACUUGAGCAGGAUAAAUGUAUACAGAAAUGUAGUGAUACUAGAUUUUAGUUUUCGUUUAUAAUGAUUUUAUAAAUUGUAUAAAUAUAUUGAUAAAAAGAAGAGUUGGUACCAGAUUGUAAUACUAGUCUUCUUCAUUA